UCCACCGGAGCUACACACCAAGAUGAUCAGAAUCGGGGUUGUUGUGGUAUUAUUCAGUACAAUAUAUGUGACACAAUGCAACAAUGUUCCGCGGCAUUUUCAAGUUCAGUGGGUUCAAAUUGGUGACCAAGUGAUUCUCAACUGUGUUUUCUCAAAGCAAGUAUACAAUGAGGGAAACAUGUUCUGGUUCAAGCAAGUAACAGGGCAAAUUCCUCAGGUUGUUGCAAAGAUGCAGAAAAAUCAGUCAAGGCCUGAACUGCACAAGGAAUUUAGAAAUUCACAUCUUAGUAUGGAGAAGGCUCAAGCUGACGGGAUAUAUCGUCUUACAAUCCAAAAGAUGGAACCCACGGAUGAAGCUGUUUACUAUUGUGUCUCUAUCACAGACUGUGAAGUCAACUUUAUCAAUGGAACUUUUUUAGUAUUAAAAGGCAAGAAUCCCCAGAGGUCUGAUUACAAGACUGUAGUACAGAGGUCAGUUUCUGAUCCAUUCCACCCAGGAGAAAAUGUGACUCUGCAGUGUACAGUGCUCUCUGAGGCCUGUACAGGAGAACACAGCGUGUACUGGUUCAGAAUUGGAUCAGGAGAAUCCCAUCCAGGAGUCAUUUACACCCCUGGGAACAGGAGAGAUGAGUGUCAGAAGAGCCCUGAGACUCCCUCUCCUACACAGAGCUGUAUCUACAGCCUCUCCAAGAACAACCUCAGCCCACCUGAUGCUGGGACUUACUACUGUGCUGUGGCCAUAUGUGGGGAGAUCCUUUUUGGCAAAGGAACAAAAUUGGACCUGGCCAGUAACACGGAAGUGAAUGUGUCAGAAAUGGCUCUGGUAGUGGUUGUUGUAGGUUUGACAGUGGCGUUGGUGUUGUGUGGGAUUGGGAUCAUGUUCCUUGUCUGCACCAGACGAAAAGAGCAAAUCUGUGAAAAUUGCAAAGCAGUGGGUGCCUCACAGAUUGGCAGACAUGACAGAUUACGUGGAGAACAGGCUCAAGAUGGAGAUACGUUGAAUUAUGCUGCAUUGAAUUUCUCUGAGAACAAAACUAAAAGAGGGAGAAAGAAGAGAGAGAUGCCACAGGAGAGAGUGUACUCUGAUGUCAGGUGUUAAGGCUUUGACGAACUUAGCUUAAUCAUUCUAAAAUGUAGUGUUAAUAAUACUUGUUGUCUUUUAAAUGUGUUAGUCAGUGCCCCUUGUACAAAGAUAAUUAGAAAAUAUGGGAAUUUGACAAAUGUAAUAAAUGUUUGAUAAAAUCAUGAUCAAUCAGAACACAAAUUAACUAAUUGAAAGAAAAGCAAUAGUUUUUCUAAAAAGGGACAUGUUUCUCUAGAAAACAUAUUUUAGUAUUUUGUUUAUUAGUCCAGUGUUGAUACAGUCCCAAACAAUUGUGCAUGUCAGCGGUUAACAAAAUAGAGCACUUUCUGUAAACAACUAAUAUUGUGUGAUGAUCUUGUGUUUUGAAUCAUACGCAUUUUAAAUCAUCGUCAUCAUGAUCAUCAUCACACUUUUAGCUUUGUACUGAAAGUGCUCUGGUGGUACAAGACAAACAUAUUCUGUUCUGUUAAAGAUUUUUUUCAUUCUUGCUGUUUGAAUUAGAAAAUAAAAGGUUGUACAGCUAAGGGGCGGUGCUGUAGAGCUGUGUGGGUGGCUGUUUGAGUGAAACAGAUGUGGAGGAGAAGCAACCAGUGUAAUAGCACAGCCAUCUCAUUUAUUGACGCAUAACGUUAAGAACAUAAAAAGAGCCUCCCCAGAAGCAUAGGUUCUGCCUGGUCUUAUAGACGAGACGUAACAUAGUACAAGUAAAUCCGGGGCACUGAUAUUAGUAUGCUAUGUAAGUUUGGUAUGGUUACAUAAGAGCAAAUAUUACUUAAGGCAAAAAUGAAAAAAGGGUGGUUGGUCAGGGUGGAUGGCAAGCUUUGAAAGCGAAUGUCUAGCAACCCAAAGGUUGCAUGUUCAAAACUCAUUACUGACAACUUCAGCAUUUUAUUUAAUUAGCAACCUCUCAACUACUUAUCACUUUUUAGCUACUUCGCAACUAUUUAGCAUGUUAGCUACCCUUCCCCUAAUCCUAACCUUAACCCUUUUAUGUAACCCUUCCUCAAACCCAAAACGUAACUCUUGAACAUAACUCUUAACCUUAACCCUAACCCAUAGCCUAGCUAACGUUAGCCAGCUAGCUAACAUUAGCGUUAGCCAACGAGCCACCUAGCUAAUGUUAGCCACAACAAAUUUGAAUUUUGUAAAUUAUUGUACGUUUGCAAAUUCAUAACAUAUCAUACAAAUUGUAACUCGUAACAUGUCAAUAAAAAUAGAUGAUGGACAUCGACAAAGUAAUUCAUACAAAAUUGAUUUACUAACAGAAUUAAACAAAAUUCUCUGAAACCAUGUUGAUAGAUUAGACUGAUGAUGGUAUCAAACCGAUUCCCUUUUCGCACUAUGAGCCAAGCUGUACUGGGCUGGCCUGCAUACACAUCCACCAUUGUUUCUAGAACUGUGCUGGAAAGGACAAUGUGAAAAGAAUUGAUCUGAGCCUGCCCAUGAUGGUUCCACAUGAAUGGAUAUGGUUAGAGUGUUGGCUAACUGAUUCUGAACACUCCAAAAGGAAAGAAAAUAAACCCAACAUUUAUGAAAGAGGAGGCCCAAAGAGGAUAAUAUGACAAUAUACAGUGCCUUGCGAAAGUAUUCGGCCCUCUUGAACUUUGCGACCUUUUGCCACAUUUCAGGCUUCAAACAUAAAGAUAUAAAACUGUAUUUUUUUGUGAAGAAUCAAGAACAAGUGGGACACAAUCAUGAAGUGGAACGACAUUUAUUUGAUAUUUCAAACUUUUUUAACAAAUCAAAAACUGAAAAAUUCGACAGGCAAAAUUAUUCAGCCCCUUUACUUUCAGUGCAGCAAACUCUCUCCAGAAGUUCAGUGAGGAUCUCUGAAUGAUCCAAUGUUGACCUAAAUGACUAAUGAUGAUAAAUACAAUCCACCUGUGUGUAAUCAAGUUUCCGUAUAAAUGCACCUGCACUGUGAUAGUC